AAAGGCAAAAUUUUUAGGUUUCAAAAUCAGUCUCUGGGUUCUGUCUGAUUCAGCAGUUACAGAUUUUACGGUUGUUGGUUCAUCAUGGUCAAUGCUACUAAAGGACUGUUCAUUUCCUGUGACAUUCCCAUGGCACAGUUUAUAGUGAAUAUGAAUGCUGCGCUGCCGGCAUCGCAGAAGUUUAUAAUACACGUCCUGGAUAGCACCCAUUUUUUCGUGCAUCCCGACGUUGCUGGAAUGAUACGAAGUGCUAUAUCUGAGUUCAGAGAUCAGAACUCGUACGAAAAGCCAACUUGAUUUUCAGCUCAGUAUCACUUCAUUUCCCUGUAUACAUGCAUUUUCUUCUUGAAUGGGGCUCAUCUAUGAAACCGAUAAAGAACAAAGAAUUUCUAGUGUUUUCAA